CGUUGCUUCCUUCACAAGGUACUACUUAAAUUCUACUUAAAAAAACAAUGUGGGCAAUUGUUAUUUUGUGCGGCUACUUAAUUCAGUGCACGUCAUGCCUGCAAGUAUCACCUAUUUUGGGAACUCAACAAUUUCAACCAAGCUUAACUGAUUGCAUCUUCUGGAGAGACGCAGAUCAAAGUGCCUACUAUACCGAUUAUUUAACUACCGGAAACCAACCUUCCCUUUAUCGUUAUUCUCCCAGUGAAAACAUCACAUAUGGUGCUUACAUACCAGGAUAUACAAAAAUUUCAUAUCUAGUUCCAGUCAGCAGCAGUACAUAUCCUACAAAUGACAAUCUGUACAUGGUGGGUAGUGGGCACAGCAAUGUCAUUAUAUCGUGGAACGGUAUUGAUACAGCGGCUGACGUAGUCGAAGUCUUAUUUCAAAUCAACGCAGAUAUUCCCAACAGUCAUAUGGACUUUGGUUCACAAGAUCCAAAUGGACAAUUUUUUGUUGGAACAACUCAAGAUGCCUACUGCGGUGCUACUACGGCAAAUUCAUCUUUGUAUACGUACGUAGAUGGAACUGUGCAAACUGUGAUUACCGGUUUGAUGGCAACGACUGGUGUAGCAUUUGGAUUAAAUGGAGAAAUUUAUCAUUGCGACGUUUGUACGGGUCUUGUUCGCGAGAUCACAAAAGAUAGUUACGGACAAUACAACGCUCGUGUAGUGUUCGAUUUCAACGACGUAGGAUAUGAAUUUCCAGGGUGGAUGACCGCAGAUACUGCUGGAAAUCUGUAUAUCCCUCUCUAUGACAAUGGAACAUUAUGGCAAAUUAAUCCGAGCACCGGUACAGGGGUAAUUCUCACUACAUUACCACUUGGAGCAACAUCAGCUAAUUUCGUUGGAAACGAUCGCAAAACAAUAUACGCUGUUAUCUCAAAAAUUCUACUCGAUCCAGUGUCAUUAGCCGUUACAGGAACAUCUGUUGGUGAAGCAUUGAUCAGCAUCACUGGUGUAGAUGCCACUGGCGUCAACUAUCCGAAAGUUAAUGUUUAAUUUACGUCCGUUUAGUGCGUUUAGUGCUUAAUUAAUAAAUUCCAUGUUCCACAAACAA